UCCAUCUCUAGUUCGGUUCCGUUUAGUUCUCUUUCUCCAGAUAAAAUCAACUUCAAUAAACGAUCGGCCAUUGGAUCGCCGCCUGGGCUCACCCGCACCCGCAACAACGUCGCCAGCUCUAUCCGACGACGGCCAUAGCCUAUAAUAACCACCUCCCGCAAUCCCGGAAACUGCCUUCCACCAGCACCGAAAAACGUACGAAGAAGAGGAAGCAGCAACAGCAGCGGCGGCGGAGCAGCAACAACAACAAGAACAAUAACAGAGGAGAGGUGAAACAAAGGAGAAGCCGAAGCCAACUUAAAAACAAUUAAAGCGUCGAUUUGUCGGCGACAUAACGUCGGAAUAUCACGUGAUUGGGCAGCGAAAGUUGGUUCGAUUUAUCCCUGGGAGUGUCACAGCGCCUUUUCUGUUCAUAUCCUAGAUAUCCUGCUUGGAUUUCAGGCUUUACAUAACAUCUGCGGCGGUUGCAGGACCCAUUGAAGGAGAAUUGGGAAAGAAGGAGCUGAGUAAAGCAACUAGUUUAAAAUAUCACCCGCCCUAAGAGACCAACUAAAAGGACCUAAAGCAGCACCAAAAAGAGCUUGAAAAGAUCAGGGAAAGCAGCACUUACCAAAGCACAAAAGAGUUUCAAUAGUAACCGCAAAUAUUCCCCUACCAUAACCAUGAACAACCUAGCCGACACCGUUGUCGUUGAUCCCGGCUUUGGCGGCGGCGACAAGCAACAACAGGCUGGACCAGCUCCGCAGGAUGCCAGUGUGGUGGUGCCACCGCCAGCCACCAAGCAAUCCUCUGCUCUGAAGAAGACCAGUCGCUAUCGGAGCCGCUCGCUAAGUGCCUCCUCCACGGACUCCUUCAGCUCCGCCAGCUACACGGGCAGCAGUGAGGAUGGAGACGAUGUGCCGCCACGCGAAAAAGUCCAAAAGAACUCGCGUGGCAGCUCCGAUUUCUGUGUAAGGAACAUUGCCGCCCAGCAUGCCUUCGGACGCAGGGAAAUCGAGAUUGCGGAACAGGAGAUGCCGGGAAUUAUGGCGCUGAGGAAGCGAGCGGCCGAGGACAAGCCAUUGAAGGAUGCCAAGAUUGUGGGAUGCACACACAUCAAUGCCCAGACAGCUGUGCUCAUCGAGACGCUCGUGGAGCUGGGUGCCAGUGUGCGCUGGGCCGCCUGUAACAUCUAUUCCACACAGAAUGAAGUGGCCGCCGCUUUGGCCGAAUCUGGUAUACCAAUCUUUGCCUGGCGCGGCGAAACGGAGGAGGACUUUUGGUGGUGCAUCGAUCGCUGCGUAAAUGCCGAAAACUGGCAGCCCAACAUGAUACUGGACGACGGCGGCGAUGCCACGCAUUUGAUGCUGAAGAAGUACCCAACCAUGUUUAAGCUGGUGAAGGGCAUUGUGGAGGAGAGCGUCACUGGAGUCCAUAGACUCUAUCAGCUGUCAAAGGCCGGCAAACUGACGGUGCCGGCAAUGAAUGUCAAUGAUUCGGUGACCAAGACCAAGUUCGACAACCUGUACAGUUGCAAGGAGUCCAUUCUGGACAGCUUGAAGCGCUCCACGGACGUGAUGUUUGGCGGGAAGCAGGUGGUUGUCUGUGGUUACGGCGAUGUGGGCAAGGGCUGUGCUCAGGCCUUGAAGGGACAGGGCUGCAUUGUGUACAUCACCGAGAUCGAUCCUAUCUGCGCCCUGCAGGCCAGCAUGGACGGCUUCCGUGUGGUGAAGCUGAACGAGGUCAUCCGCAACGUGGACAUCGUGGUGACGGCAACGGGCAACAAGAAUGUGGUGGUGCGCGAGCACAUGGACAAGAUGAAGAGUGGCUGUAUUGUCUGCAACAUGGGUCACUCCAACACGGAGAUCGAUGUGAACGGUCUACGCACACCGGAUUUGACCUGGGAGAAGGUGCGCUCCCAAGUGGAUCACAUCAUUUGGCCCGAGGGCAAGUACAUUAUCCUCCUGGCCGAGGGCAGGCUUGUGAACCUGAGCUGCUCCAGCAUCCCUUCGUUUGCCGUGUCCAUCACAUCGGCCACCCAGGCGUUGGCCCUAAUUGAACUUUUUAAUGCCCCGCCCGGUCGAUACAAGUCGGAUGUCUACUUGCUGCCCAAGAAGAUGGACGAGUAUGUGGCCAGCCUGCACCUGCCCACCUUCGAUGCUCAUCUCACGGAGCUGAGUGACGAGCAGGCCAAGUAUAUGGGUCUAAACAAGGCCGGUCCUUUCAAGCCCAACUACUAUCGUUACUAAAAAGGGGAGGCAAGAGGCGCAGAUGCGGACAAUAACACACCAGCAAUUAUGAGAAGAAGCAACAACAAGAACAAGAACAACAAACAACGCCAACGAAAGUAUUGUCUUUGCGAAGAAGUAAAACUAUUUAAACAAUUGUUGACACACACACACAAACACACACACGGAACACACAAAAUGAUAAGGAGAAGGAGAACACAAAGUUACUAUUACCAUUGUAUCGCUUAGUUUAGCUCGAGCAGAAUUCUUGGUUGCUUUUUUGUUAGCAUUUAACAACGUCUUCGAUAUCUAGUAUUUAGAACUCGCUUUAGCCGCAGGAGUAUUGUCUCUGUUCACUAACCCCCCCUGGACUCUCUUACUUAACUAUUAACUAAUCUUGCCCCUUGAGAAUUUACACCCCUUGAAAUGUUUUAUAUUGCUGGUUGAAUUUAUUUUAGAUAGUUCGUUCGCUUGCCUAAUUAGUUCUGGUUGAAAUAUCCAACUGAAUAACAGGAUAAUGUCAGGAUUAACUAGUUUCAAGCUGUACUAAUUAUGCCAAGUGAUCGAUAUUUAGUCUCUUGUAUUUGUUUACGUACUUAAUUUGUUAAACGUUUAUGCUGCUCCCCGCUUUUUCACCUUUCGUUUCGUCCGAAGAGGAGUGUUGAUUGAAAUGCAGUGCAAAGUAAUUCCAUUUAUUCAAUUAUAUACACGCUGGCAUAUAUAUCAGAUCGAGAAUUAUAUAUAUAUAUACACUGCAUAUACACACCUUAUAUGUAUAUUAGAAAGAAAAAAGUGAAAAAUGUUUGUAUGAAAAAUUGUGAGAAACGCAAAAACAAUAAAAAAAACAGAUUCUUUAUUGAGCAAAAACCUUUCGAGAUCAUAGAUGGGCUUUGAGCUUAAAGAUCGUAGCAUGUGUAAUGUA